AAGGCGCAAGGGCUGCCGGGACGGCCCCCAUCUUUACGCGCGUUAGGCGAGCUGGCGGCGUUGGGGAGGCUGGUCGCUGCAGUCGCUGUUAGUGAUUUUGUGGCCCGAGUCUGCUGGACCGGGACCUGAAAGACCGCCACAAUGGCCGAAAAUGGUGAUGAAAAAAUGGCUGCUCUGGAGGCUAAAAUCUGUCAUCAAAUUGAGUAUUAUUUUGGUGACUUCAAUUUGCCACGGGACAAAUUUUUAAAGGAACAGAUCAAACUGGAUGAAGGCUGGGUACCUCUGGAAAUAAUGAUAAAAUUCAAUAGGUUAAACCGUCUAACAACAGACUUUAAUGUAAUAGUAGAAGCAUUGAGCAAAUCAAAGGCAGAACUCAUGGAGAUAAGUGAAGAUAAAACCAAAAUCAGAAGAUCUCCAAACAAACCUCUCCCUGAAGUGACUGAUGAGUAUAAAAAUGAUGUAAAAAACAGAUCUGUUUAUAUUAAAGGCUUCCCUACUGAUGCAACCCUUGAUGACAUUAAAGAAUGGUUAGAAGAUAAAGGUCAAGUACUAAAUAUUCAGAUGAGAAGAACAUUGCACAAAACAUUUAAGGGGUCAAUAUUUGCUGUGUUCGAUAGCAUUGAGUCUGCUAAAAAGUUUGUGGAGACCCCUGGACAAAAGUACAAAGACACAGAUCUACUAAUACUUUUCAAGGAAGAUUACUUUGCAAAAAAAAAUGAAGAAAGAAAGCAAAAUAAAGUGGAAGCUAAAUUACGAGCUAAACAAGAGCAAGAAGAAAAACAAAAGUUAGCAGAAAAUGCUGAAAUUAAAUCUCUAGAAGAAAAAAUUGGCUGCUUGCUGAAAUUCUCGGGGGACCUAGAUGAUCAGACCUGUAGAGAAGAUUUGCACAUCCUUUUCUCAAAUCAUGGUGAAAUAAAAUGGAUAGACUUUGUCAGAGGAUCAAAAGAGGGAAUAAUUCUAUUUAAAGAAAAAGCUAAGGAAGCACUGGAUAAAGCCAAAGAUGCAAAUAAUGGUAACCUACAACUAAGGAACAAAGAAGUGACAUGGGAAGUACUAGAUGGAGAUGUGGAAAAAGAAGCAUUGAAGAAAAUCAUAGAUGAUCAGCAAGAAUCCCUAAACAAAUGGAAGUCAAAAGGUCGCAGAUUUAAAGGAAAAGGAAAGGGAAAUAAAGCUGCCCAGACUGGGUCUGCUAAAGGAAAAGUACAGUUUCAGGGCAAGAAGACUAAAUUUGAUAGUGAUGAGGAACGUGAUGAAAAUGGUGCAUCUGGACCAGGAAAAAGAGCAAGAGAAGAAACAGACAAAGAAGAACCUGUAUCAAAACAGCAGAAAACAGAAAAUGGUGCCGGAGACCAGUAGUUUAGUAAAAAACUUUUUAUUCAUUUUAAUUAGGUUUUCAGCUGCUUUUGUCUUUGGAGGCUUUUAAAAAAGAAAACCGUAUUAGGUCCACUUCAAUGUCCACCUGUAAAAAAGGAAAAUUUUUUGUUGUUUAGCUUGUCUCUCUCUUUUUUUUUUGUUAUCCAAAUGAGGAUAUUUUUGAUGUACAGUUCUAUGUUAUUUCAGAUAACUCAAAUAUCAGAAGAAAGAUUCUUGUACUAAACUGCCUUUUUAAUAUGAGAAUGUGUUAGUACAAACUAAUAAAAUAUACUAUAUAAAGAGCAAA